AUGUCACUUGUUAUGAAAGAGUACAAUAUUGGACAUGAUUUGACAACUGAAGAGUAUGCAUGUGGAGUCAAACUUCAAUUCAACUCUACUUCACCCGUUCCAAUUGCCAGAGUAUUCUUAAUUUUACAUGCCAAUGUCAAAAUUAUUGACAUGCAUUUUAAUACAAGAAAAGCACUUGGUAAACAACAACUUAGCGAUUCUCAAAUUAACAAAUUGAACAAGUCAAAAUCAAUGCUUGGAAUAUUAGAUAUAGUGAAUGAAUAUGAGCCUGUUGAUAAAUUACGACCAACUGGAGAGUUGACCAUUUCUUUGGAAGAAUUUGGUGGGAAAAUAUUUGAUCUCAAGAUUUCACUUGCACUUUUCCAAAAGAGAACUGAGAAGGGAAAGACAAGUUCUGGUUCAUGUAGAGUGACACAAGUGAUUUGUGGCAGUACAUGUCACAUGUUCUUGUAUUCAGAAGUUACAAAGAAGGUAAAGAGAGGAGCUGUAAAGAGAUUGAAGGAAUAUUGUUCAGAUGAUAGUAUAUCAGUAGAUAGUGUUGACAGCUGUCAGACUAGAAGAAAAAAGAAAAAAGUCAAUCAAACUCGUUGUAACUCAAUUCAAAUUAGAAACCAAAUUUCAUAUGUUGAAAGAUCAACUCAAAUUGAAAGUGAAAACACUUCAGUGAGUUCAUACCUUGAUGAGAAAUUUGAAAAUUUGUUUGAAGAUGCUGAAAUUUGCAAUACUGUUUUUAAUUCGAAUCAAUUGAAUCCAACUGUAGUGGAAACUAAACAAUCACCAUGCGAAAGUUUCAUUCUAGAGUCUGGUGAGGUUACUGAUUUGGAAAUGGAACUUUUGAAGCUUUUGGUUAAUGAUCAUCCUCCAGUCGAAACUGUGGAUGAUUCUGAUGAGUUUUUAUCUGAAAGCGACCUUGAUUUAGUUAGUCAAUCAAGUUUUGAUAGUUCCAAUAACAGUAUUGAUGAUCUUCAAACAAAUUGUAAUAUCUCACUAACUUGGUGUGCACAGAAUAAUCCCUUUGAUGUGUUAGAUCAAUUUUCUACUAUAAAUUAACCUUUAGUUU